AUGGGGUGUCGUGUCUUGAGCUUCGGGGGUGCGGAUGGGGAGUGAGUGGGGUAGCAAGGCCUCCUUCCUGGGGCUUCGGCUACGGGUUCCAGCACUGAAGCUGUUUAGAAACCAUACCGGGGGAGUGAAGACGCACCACCGGACAGCGAGGUCCUAACUCUCCCCCCGCGGCCCAGGGCUCCUGGGCGGGGGCCCGGUUUCCUCCCACACCCUCCCUCCCAUGGGGGCCACACCACACACAACCCAGCUACUCCUUACCCGGCCCCGGCUCCAGUCCUCAGGCCACAGGCCGGGAAGGGCUUAAGCCGGGCGGCCCAGGCUGGGGCGGCCUGAGGUGCUGGGGCGGUGCUGCUCCGUCCGGGACGCGGGCCACAGAGGCCUCGGGUGGAGGAGGCCGGAAAGGAGGACAGGCGGCGGGAAAGGGGGAUGAUUCAUCCCGAGGAGCUCGAAUUGGAAACGCUGCAACCUGGGAACAGCCUUGCCCAGGCCGACGGGAGAGCCGGAGGGGAGCUCUACCGGCAGGGCCCCGCGCCCAGCACCUGCAGCCCCCUGCGCCCUGCCCUGGCCACUGCCCGGCCGCUGGGGGAGGAGAGGCCUCGUCUACGCGGAGUUUAAAGCAAUCCCGGGCAAAGUCUGCCGCUGGUCUUGAUCGGAACGGUCUUCCUGGAGUCUAGCUCAAGUCUCUCCUGCUGCAGCUUCAGUGCAGACUGAGGAGGUCUGAAAGGAGGGGGCGGGCAGGAAGAGGCUGGAGUCAGUGACACCCCCUCCUUCCUACGCUGCGGUAUGUAAAGCGCAGUAGGGGGGAGGUGGGGCCCGCGAGCGACCCCAGCGGACCCGGGCGGUCUGAGCGCCCCCUCCCUCCUUUACGGUGCACCCACGUGCGGGGGUGAGGUCGAUCCCGGGCGGGACUUACCUUGGAGACGCCACUGCCGGGGGGCCCGCACACCUCCUGAGGCCCGGAGCCGGCGGGCUGGCGAAGAGGGCUCUGGAGGCCGGAGCCCCGCAGCCGAGGAUGCGCCAGGUAGCAGCCCGCUCCCCCCCUCCCUCCUCUCCGCCCGCGGGCCCGGCCAACUCCGGCUUCUGCCGCGCGUCCCUGGCUCCGAGCUCCGCUGCGGAAAACCCGAGCGGGGGCGGCUCCCCGCCUCGCGGCCCGGGAAAAUCCGGGGGUGGCCGCCAGGGAUCUCCAAGCGGCCUGGGCGAGGCAGCCUGAGCUUGCCUCCCGGAUUUGGGCCCCCCACCUGGCGCUCCGACCCUAGGCCCGUCGGUUCAGUCCCUGCCUCCCAUCUCUCUGCAGAGCGCCUAGACGACGGCGAGAUGACGGCUGGGAGCCCUGGAGACUGCGGGGAGGUGCGCAGGAGCCCCGAGGGCCGUGUCUCUCGCCUGGGCCGCCGCCUGGGCCGCCGCCGGCGCCCGCGCUCCCCGCCCGAACCUCUGCGGGUGCGGGCACGGCUGCGGCUGCGCUCGCCGUCGGGGGCGUUCGCGGCGCUGGGGGCGCUCGUGGUACUGGUGGGCAUGGGCAUCGCCGUGGCCGGCUACUGGCCGCACCGCGCCGGCGCCCCAGGGCCGCGCGCUGCCAAUGCCAGCGCGCCCCCCCUGAGCGAGCUGCGACGCGAGGGUCGCGGCGCCGGCCGGGCCCACGGCCCGCACGAGCGGCUGCGGCUCCUCGGGCCGGUGGUCAUGGGCGUCGGCCUGUUCGUGUUCAUCUGCGCCAACACGCUACUCUACGAGAACCGCGACUUGGAGACGCGACGGCUUCGCCAGGGGGUGCUGCGGGCUCAGGCGCUCCGCCCUCCUGACGGCGCCGGCUGGGACUGCGCCCUCCUCCCCAGCCCCGGACCCAGGACUCCCCGAGCCAUAGGCCGCGCAGAGCCAGAAAGUUGGGACCUGUCCCCGCGUCGGGGUACCUCACCCGUCCCGUCAGUGCGGAGUCUGCGUUCAGAGCCUGCUAAUCCUCGCUUAGGGUUACCUGCCCUGCUCAACAGUUACCCUCUGAAGGGCCCAGGGCUGCCCCCACCCUGGGGUCCACGGACCCAGACUGGCCAUGUGAUUAUCACCGUGCAGCCCUCUGGUUCCUGCAUCGAACAUUCCAAGUCUCUGGAUCUGGGCCUUGGGGAGCUCCUACUUGGGGCCCCGGCAGCUCGAGACUGUGCUCACCGGAGCUGGCCACGGCUGGACCGCCUCAGUCUGGGGGGUUAUGCCAAGUUGGGAGGAGGAGGGGACUUGGGAGCCCGGGUUUGAGGAGCAGGGGACAGCCUUCUAGGCGGCUGCAGCAUGGACAUUGGUAACAGGACCAGAAGUCCCAAUAUCUAGUAGAAGCAUCAGUCACAUCCCAGACUGGAGGUGGAUGCUCUGGCCCCAUCAGCUGCUAAGGCAUCCUGACUUGCAUGUCGGCAGACAAAUGCCAACUGCACAGGGUUCAAUAAGCUGGAGAUGUGCUUUAAUGUGGAGUCUGGAGACCAGCAUGACUCGGCCUUGGGAUCUCUUUUAAGCCUCCCAAAGUGGCCUUACUUAGCCUCGGACAGGUACCUGAGGGGGCUGGAAGUCCAGGUCAGGGUGACUGGGAGAAACCUGGUGUCUUGGCAAACCCCAAGUGGUGAGCAAGGACCCCUAAGACCCAGAAGGUAGGUUGGGAUGUUACAGGCUGGGAUGGGCUCCCUCCAAGGUGGUGCCAGUUGCGGGGUCGAGGAAGACAGGCAAUGGGGUAGAGCAGAGACCCUCCACUGCCAUCUGGGAUGGGGCCUGAGGCUUUAUCUCCCACCACCUCAGCCCCUGUCUCCCCUCAGCCAUGCGGGGUACACCCCACUAGGGCUACACUACUGCCAAAGUCUUCCUACCGAGGGUCUGGCCCCUCCCUAAACAGGUCUGAGAAGCCCCCUUCUCUCCUCUGUCAUGGCCUGUGCUGCAACAUCUCCCUCCAGCAGGCAAAAAGCAUUUGUCAGAUCUUUUAUACAACGUUGAAGCCGCAUUUUGGCCAAUGUGGGUAGCUUACUUUAGAAAAUGGCUUGAAUUUGGGUCUCCCUUACUCGUGUUUAAUUUUUCCCAGAUUGCUGGUAGGAAAAGAGAACUUUAAAAGUUGAUCAAUUCUCACAGAUUCAGUCUUUUUUUUUUUUUUGUAAGUUUAUUGAAAAAUGCAAUACAAGAAGCAAGACCAAACACGUAUCUAAGCACUACACCACUUCUCUUACUACAAAAGGCCAAAACAGCAGACCUAAUUAUUGCCUUUUUAAUCUAGGGAUUUUGCCAAUUUGAUUCUGCUGCCAUAGUUCCUAUUUGUCAAGAAAUGUAAACAACUACUUGAUAUGAUUCAUAAUUUUAAAAAAAUUUACAAAGCUCCUUCAUUUUUGUCAGCAAAAUAAUACAUUUGAGAGAGAUCUGUAAAAACAGCCAGCCGGGGGCUGAGAUCCUGGCCAGGUAUUUCCACGAGCAGUGGGCAUUCUGUGGUGUUGGUCAGGCCAUAGCUCUGGCUCCACUUCCCAGGGCAGACGGUUGUCCCCUCCCCCCCUCCACCGCCCUGCAGAACAUGCGAUGGGGAGGCCUGGGCCAGAGGGCGAAGAGGCCCUGAAAGCUCCCUGUGGCCAGGUUCUUCGGGCCCUCGGCUUGGAAAUUUAGGUCCUGCGUGGGGGGGGGGGGGGUGGGUGGUGGGUGGGUGGCAGAGACCUCGUGUGGCUUGGAGG